UGUUCACCGUUCAUGAACUGAGUCUCUUGGAAGUUCUCUUGGUGGACGGAGAUGUGUCGCGGUGUGUUGUGUUUAUGAAUUUAAUGGUAUUUAAAGGAAUUACAAAUGAAGCCUGGCGGAUAAUUUUACAAUAUCUUUAGAAAGUGGUAUGUUUUAACGCCCCCAAGUGGAGCCGGGAAGGCGAGUUAAAAGUGUGUGCUUUGUGGUGAGUGUUUUAGUGUAGUGCGAGGAGUGGUGGUGAGCAUGGCCCUCAGCUGUCUGGAGGAGAUGGCGGCUUCAGCGCUAUGAUAUGUGCGGCCACAGAUAGGGAGGCGGCGUGCAGGAGCGUGGGAGGUCCCGGAGGUGGCUUAGUUGGAGGAGGAGUAGGAGGGUUGCUGGGAGGCGGAGGAGUGUUUGCGGCCAUGCCCCUCUCCCGCACCCGAUCUCUACUGGCAAACAUCAACGGUGCGGGCUCCCCGGGCGACUCCACCACCACCAACACCAACACUACCCUCUCCAACACCAGCAGCAACGCCACCACCGGCACCAGCGCCUACCUGGAGGGGGGCAGCAGCACGCACUUGCCGCCCCUCAAGCCUCUAGCCAUGAAGACCACGGGGGCUCAGUCCAUCACCCAGCUCUAUGAGUUCGAUGACACGAAUUCGAACUCUGAACAGAACGGUCAACCCAACUCCGUGUCGAGUCAAGUGAACGCGGAUUCCUCGAGUCUGCCGGUUGUGCGGCCGCCCUCCGCAGACUCUAGCAGCCUCAAAAACGGCUCGACCAGACAACCAAAGACCUAUGUAGCCACACCUGAACAAGUCAUGAAAUAUUAUAUGAACAAGCUUACUCCUUUCGAACAUAAAGAAAUCUUUAAUUAUCCACAAAUCUACUUCAUAGGCGCCAAUGCAAAGAAGAGACCGGGUAUCGUAGGGUCUGGGAACCAGGCCAUCUCCUCUAACUUUGGGUACGACGACCACCAAGGGUCGUACGCCCACAUUCCUCACGACCACAUCCAGUACAGGUACGAGGUGCUCAAAAUUAUUGGGAAGGGGAGCUUCGGGCAGGUGGUGAAGGCGUACGACCACAAGAGCCACCUCCAUGUGGCCCUCAAAAUCGUCCGCAACGAGAAGAGGUUCCACAGGCAGGCCCAGGAGGAGAUCCGCAUCCUGGAACACCUGAGGAAGCAGGAUAAGGACAACACUAUGAACAUCAUCCAUAUGUUCGACAACUUCAACUUCCGCUCCCAUACCUGUAUCACCUUCGAGCUCCUCUCCAUUAACCUCUACGAGCUUAUUAAGAAAAAUAAAUUCAUGGGAUUUAGCUUACAACUUGUGCGAAAGUUUGCUCACAGUCUCCUGCUGUGCCUGGACGCACUCUACAAGAACAAGAUCAUCCAUUGUGAUAUGAAGCCGGAAAACGUCCUCCUGAAGCAGCAAGGACGCAGUGGCAUUAAGGUAAGAUCCUCCUGUAUCUACCGGCAGGAUGAGGCGGAUCAGCUAGCAUGCAUCAUAGAGCUCCUGGGAAUGCCUCCACCCAAGUUACUAGAGCAGAGCAAGCGGGCAAAGAACUUCAUCACCAGUAAGGGCUACCCUCGGUACUGUGUUACCCGCACCCUCCCAGAUGGCUCCACGAUCCUCCAUGGGGGACAAUCUAGGCGGGGCAAGCCACGGGGGCCUCCAGGCUCUAAGUCUCUCCAGACAGCCCUUAAGGGUUGCAAUGACCCACUCUUCCUGGACUUCAUCCAGCGGUGCCUAGACUGGGACCCAGCGACACGCAUGACUCCCAGCCAGGCCCUCCGCCACGGCUGGCUCCGGCGGCGACUGCCUAAACCUCCCUCUGAGAAGAGUGACUCUCCUGCCUCCACCCUACGCACACCUUCCUCCUCAUCUUCCUCCCGUACGCCUUCUUCAGCCACCAAGCUCAACACCAUCGCCACUUCUGCUACCAAACUGCGUGCCACCAUCACAGAUGAUGGUGGUGCCUCCACCAUGCACCCUCGCCAUCACACCAAGCUGCCCCAGAUCACCAAUCCAGUGACCUGAGCCCCGCCCUCACCAGGAAGCACUAACCCUUAUGCCCAGUGGUGUGGCCCAUGCCCCCCAGCGAAGCCAUGCUUGCAGGGGAUCGCGCCGCUCACAUAUCACCAGACCAAAGUGCAAUUGUGGCAGUAUUGGGCACGUGCAGAGUGAGAGGUGGCGGGCGUAUGGGCAAGCGGGUGGACGCGGCGUGUGAGGCGGGACACUCGCCCACGCCGCCAUUCCCGACACCAACGCCUGCCGCCACACCCACUAGUCGUCGAGCACGGGCUGCUACUGCUCCGGUGCCCUGCCCUUCAUCACCCAUAUUUAUUCCUGGUAAAGACAAUGAGGGCGGCCGGGCGCCAAAGCUGGCCUCUCCGCCCACUGGGGAAGCCAGGGGGAGGAAGGGGUGCCCACGCAUUAUUUGGUUGAUAUUACAACUUCACUAUGAUCUCGCCUUGUUCACAAAGGGGGGCGUGUGCGGGCGGAGGGGUGGGUGGCAUGGACAACUCGCACCCACCUGCCUGCCCCCGCCCACACCCGCAGUCAACCUCCUGGUUUGCUAAUGCAAUCAAAACCUUAUGGUAUUAACGACUGGGGAUAAAUAAAGACUUUAUACUCAUUUUAUACUUAGCACAAUGGAAACUUCAACGAAAAUAGUGUGACAAAUCACACACUCAAUUUUUUAAAUAUUAAAUUUGUUUACAUAAUUUUUUUUUUUAAAGACAUGCAGAUAUUACUGCAGCAGAUAUCUUGAGCUCUCUUUGUUGGGUCAACGCAGCAGAGAUCUGGGUGUGGCAUCGGCUGUGACACCAGCAUCGGGUUCAGGUACCCUCACCACCUUAGGUCAAGGGGCAGAGGACAGAGACUUGUCUAUCCACCAAGGAUCGAAGGUCCCUGCCCACCUGGAAUAAGUGGUCAAUGGCCUCUUAUGAAGGAUCUCUCUCCAUCUGGAGCAUGCUAGGAGUGAAUGGCCUUUUCAUCUCUACUUGGGGGUCAAAGGUCAAGAAUUUUUAUCUUCUGUAGUCCAAAGUCAUGAUUGGGUCAGCAGCCUCAAAGUUAAAGCUGUGAAGCUGUGUCAACUGACCUUGGGUCACAGCUGUUGGCUUGGCUUCAUGCAGUGCCUGACACCCACAGCCAGAUGCCUUGUCUGACAGGACCACAUGGCCAUUGAUAUUCUCUGAUCCUGUGCCCACCACUACACUGAGGUUGCCUGGCCCUGUGCCCACCACCACACCAUGAGGUUGCCUGGCCCUGUGCCCACCACCACACUGUGAGGUUGCCUGGCCCUGUGCCCACCACCACACUGUGAGGUUGCCUGGCCCUGUGCCCACCACCACACUGUGAGGUUGCCUGGCCCUGUGCCCACCACCACACUGUGAGGUUGCCUGGCCCUGUGCCCACCACCACACUGUGAGGUUGCCAGGCCCUGUUGCUUGGGCACUGUGGCUACCCACUGCCACUAUCAUUGUAUGCCAACUCUACCGUAAUCCACCAAUAUAUUAAUGUUGCUGCCUUUUUGUUUACAACCUAAACUGAACUGGAUGUGCCACAUCCACCAUGACCUGUAGUGCAAUAUGGUAAUAAAUUAAACCUGUAUAUGCCAAUGAAUCUCAAGUUGUGGAGGUGGUGGUGGUGCUGUUGCUUCACCCGGUCAUGCUGCAAGGUGGGAGAGGCUGAUAGAGGUUGGUCUUAGCAGAGCUUUGGUCAGCCCAGGUAUGUGAUUGGCCUAUCUGGGUUGGGAAUUAGACACGAUUGGGAUCUUUUGAAUUGCUCUUAAAGUUACCUGUGUUGAGAUAUUUAAUUUUUCCUUUGUUGUGUUUCUCCAUGUUGGAUGAAGCAUUUUCAACAAAGGCAUUGAAACAAUCUUCAUUUGGCAUUUAAAUGUAUAAGGGUGACUUACUGAGGUGUUGCACUGCCUUAUUUGCUCAUAUGGUAGGCCUAUAAUUUUUUUUGUAUACAUUUCACUUAUUUGGUAACUCUUACUUUGUAACCAUUGCCCCAGUAAUCCCUCCCCCCCCUAUCCAAAAGAUUAUGAUGACUUAAGAUCUUCAUUUUUCUUUAAAUAGUAUAUUUAUUACAUUUCUUUUAAUCUGACAAUCGUGGCUGUCUUUGCGCCUGCCAAAGUUAAACUGCAUCUUACGGGUUAAUCAGUCAUUAUGUCAGAAGUAUUAGUGUUGUGUGCGAGGUGUGACUUGUAUCAUAUGCAGACUACCACUUGGGCUCACCGAGAUGCUGCCUGGAUCAGCCUGGGAGUCCAUGUAUGUGUUUCAGUGCCAGGACUAAAAUUUGGUUCGGUUGUCGGCUUCAUAAUAACUGAAGAAAAGAAUGAACACAUUUGUUUUUAAAAGUCGACUGAGAUUUUUUUUUUUAUCCCAAAGAUAGUGUUCCUUUUGUGUGAAGAUGAUGUAGUUCAUUUUUUGUAAGAAGUGCAAUAUUUUGUAGUAAAAGGGACAGCACACUUUGCGGGCAAAGCGUUUGGAAUGCAUGUCUUGGUCACCAUUAGUGAAGUGAUUCCACAAGUCAGCAGCAAGUAAAUGUAUAAAUAAAAAAAAAAAGAGAGAUAAACAUGAGAUUGCUUUAGGUUAAGUUUCUUUCCCUUUAGGAUCUGAACAUACAAAUUGUAAGAUAAAAACUGCUGCUGCUGCUUGUGUGAGUCACAAAAAAGAAAAUUAGGGGACGUGCAGGGUGUUGUGGUGUAGCAGGAGGCGCCCCAUGCAGCCAUCCAACGUGUAUACACGGUGAGGACGACUGGACAACUGCCAACCUCAGUAAGACGACUGUUCAGUGUCCAACAUGCAAGUGACUUGACAAUUGUCAAUAUAACUUAUAUAAACCUGACAGGCUAACAGAUAUACUUUACACAUACAGUACUGUAGAAGAUGUAAAUGACUUAUUGUUAAAAAAAAGUUACUAGGCUGUAGGUCCGCAAAUCUUUAUAUCUGUAUUUAAAUGUUUAUGUUGAGAUUUGAAGCGACAGUUAUGUAAAAUUUCAUAUGUAGAAGCAUUAUAAUUAUGUCAAACAAUUUAUGUGACAAUAUAUAAUUUUAUUAAAAUAUUGCCCUUGAAGGAGAUUAUGUAUUUACAGUACUGCAUACAACACAGCUAUUUUAAUUUUGUCUACUUUUAUCUGAGAAUGUUAUUUACUCAUUUAAUUAUAAACAUGUUUCUUAAUGUCCAAUUCAAAAUUUUUUAAUUAUUUAUAUUAAUUAUGAAUUAUCCAAAACAUUUUAUUUAUUUAUAUUAAUUAUGCAAACCAUUUUAGUCAUCCGAGUUAUGUCUAGUACUGUAUGUAUAACUUAGUCAAAUUAAAUUCUUUUACCACAAGCAAUUCUCCAAUCAUCCUGGAGGAUUGUGUCCACAAAAUAUACUUCGAUGUGUGCAAAACUCCGGCGGAUCUACUAGUACUUUAUCAGAAAGCCAAAGACACAUACAGACGCUGUAAUGGUAAAAAUUGAAUGUUUUAAAAAUAUUGGAAAAUCAAUUUUAUUUAAAUAUACACACUAUGAUUGACAUUGUUACAUACAUUAGAAAUGUGAGGGUACUAAACAGAACGUUAAGAAGGUAAUGUUGUACUGUGAUUACUUUUAUAAUUUAUUCUACUGCAGUGUACCGAUAAAAAAGAAGUUUAAGGUUAAAACUUUUUAAACUUUUAUACUUGACACAGAUUCUGUGAUUUAUAUUCAGAAUACUUUGUCUUGACAAUGUGCAAUAGAGAUGAGUGCGCUCCCUAGUGUCUCAUGCUAGUGACUCGCUCACACACACUCCUAAAUACCAGUGACUCAGAUUUUAAUGUUAUUGUCAAAUAUACAGUACUGUAAAGUGACUUCCAUUUUGAUACAGGUACAUCUAUUGACAUUUAUUGAACUUCUUAAACUGUAAUGACUCUGAACCUUAUAUACUGUAUAUUGUAUACUGUACUGUGUAAAAUAAAUAUAUAAAUAUAC